GUGCCUGCGAGAGGAGAGGGGCGGUCGAGCAGGAGAUCCGGUAAGCGUUAAGGAAGAGUGCAUAGCGAGGGACUCGACACCCGAGACAAAGGAAAAAGCUUCCUGUGAAAUGGGCCGUAAAACGGCAUCCAUCUGCACAUUUUUCUCUUUUGAAGGCGCUGACAACAUGGCAGAGCACUGAGUAUGGUUUCUCCAAAAGUCGAUGUCAUGGAGCAAAGGGUGACCCACAUCAAAGAAGAGGACUGUGAUUGGGGACCUCUUCUGCAAGCAGAUCUUCAUGUGAAGCUGGAGGAUUCUGAUUGUGAAAUUCCUGUUUGUAAAGAGGAGGAAGAGGAGGAGGCAUUUUCAAUUAAAACGGAGCACACGGAGCACUUUUCCAUUAGCCUGGAAGUGCAAAACCAUGAAACCUUGAACAUUUUUAAGGAAGACGCGUCUUUGGACGGAGACUAUUCCUUUCAAUCCUGUCCAGCAUCACAAACCGAGAUGGCACAUUUAGGGACGAUUGUGAGGAAACAGCUCCACACUGAGCAGCAUUCUGGACCAUUCAAGUUUAAGGAGGAAGAAGAAGAGGAGAUGUAUCAGAGGAGGAAAAGAAAAUUACAGUCCUGUCUGGGGGAGCCUGGAAAAAAUUUGCAAGAAUGUGGCAGCGUCUCUCCAUCUUCCUUUGUGCCAAACUCUCUUCAGUGCAAACCUCAGCAAAAACGAUGCAAUGAAAAUGUGAAGAAAUCCUCAACUCCUGCGGCUGCAAAACUAACAAGGAGAGAUGCCACCAAGAGUCAACAGCUGCAAAAUACUAACUCAUUGUCGCUGUAUGUAUGCCAGAACUGUGGGAAAAACUUUAAAAGCAAAACUGAUUGUAAAGAUCAUCAGAGGAUACAUGCAAGAGACAAGCCACAUUGCUGUACAGAAUGUGGUAAGCGAUUCUCACAGCUCAGUGUCCUUAAAAUACACACAAGAAUCCACACAGGAGAAAAACCACAUUGCUGUAAUGAAUGUGGCAAACGAUUUACACACGUAAGUAACCUGAAGACACAUACACGAAUUCACACUGGUGAGAAGCCUCACUGCUGCCCUGAAUGUGGAAAACGAUUCUCACAAACAAGCCAUCUUCAGACUCACUUGAGAAUUCACAGUGGAGUGAAACCCCAUGGUUGUAAUGAAUGUGGGAAGCGGUUCUCGCGUAUCAGCCAUCUUAAAGCACACACAAGAGUUCACACUGGAGAAAAACCUCAUAGCUGCCCAGAAUGCGGUAAGCGAUUCUCACAUAGUGGCAGUCUACAGUUGCACACAAAAAUUCACACUGGAGAAAAGCCCCAUUCCUGUUCUGAAUGUGGUAAACGUUUUCUGUGCUUAAGAGAUCUUAAAAGACACACCAGAAUUCACACUGGGGAAAAGCCACAUGGUUGUUCUGAAUGUGGCAAGCAAUUCUCACACAGAAGUAGUCUUCACAUACACACCAGAAUUCACACUGGAGAAAAGCCUCAUCACUGUACAGAAUGUGACAAACGCUUCUCCUGCAUAAGCCACCUUAAGGUACAUUUAAGAGUUCACACUAGAAAGAGGAAAUAAAACAGUGGAAUUGCUAAUCCAGCUGCUCCUUGAGGUGACUUUUGAUAGAAAUGCUGAUAUCAGUUGUUCAGUUCAUUGAAAGAUGCUGAACAACUGACACAGCAGUCCAGCAUAGGAGAGAAAGUCUGGUUCUGGGUGGAAGCUGAAAAAAUGGCAAGAUACUGUGGAAAUUGCCAAUUGUGGAGCAAAGGAUGAGCAUAUGUAAGUAUUUUCCAAGUCCAGUCCAUCAAAUAUGCCAAAGAACUAUUGUGAAGUAACAUGCUUUUUUGUCUACAAGCAUCAGGACUGUAGCAAAAUGAAAAAGACAGGAAGAGUUGGCUGUUAUGACAUAAAGUCAUCACAAAGUCAUACGAGAAAAGCCAUAAAGUAAGCAUAGUAGGAAUGAACUGAAAGGGAAGAUUUUACUCCAUUCACAAGCUGUUGAAUAAGGCAAUGUUUAAGCUAUCCAUCUGUUUUCUGGCCUACGCGGACUGAAUGUUUGUGAAUUACGCUUGGCCACAUUACAACCUCCUGCAAAAAUAUUCAGACUUGAAGAAAGGUAAAGAGGCCAGGCAAAAUCCAGAGACUAUCCCUCCUCUAUCUUACUCCUCUCACGUGACAAAUGACCUCCAUAAAGACUUCUACACAACAAUAAUAUUCCUGCAUGUUUAUCAUCAAACAUACAAACAACUGAGUGUCCUUAUGUUCUGUGUUUUGGGAUCAGAAGGGUGCCUUGGUUGCGACACAAACUGACCGAUCCCAUAAGCCGGUAUUUAUUAUUGCUGCAUGUAUACCUGAUAAAUUUAAACAAAUUAGCCACAAAACAUUAAGAUAAUGAAACUUGGUGUAGCUUUCUUUGUGAAUAAAGACAGGCCAGACACAUAGGGCAGGAUACACAAAUUAUAAAUCAACUCGGAUGUCUUCGGAAUUGCAGUAAACUGUUGGGAAGGUGGGUGGUAAACCAGUAACUGGCACAUCCAGAGAAGUGAUAGAAAGUGGGCCGACCUCUUGCGCCAAGACCUGGCCACAUGGAAGAACUAGAAGAGGCAAACUAAAAACAGAGUAAGAGUUUCUUACAGUGCUAGUGUAGAAUGUCAUACCUUAUUGUGGGAAACAAUUUACUGAGGGCCAAGAAAUGGUAGAAAUUCAAAGUUCUGCUACAGGUAAAUCAUAUGAGCCCUAGAGAUAAACCAUAUAUCACAUAUAAGAACGAAUAACUGAGAAUAAAGAUGCACUGACCUGGGGGGAUGAAAUGAUUCCUAAAUGGUGUAUGUGGUGUUAAAGAAGUGAUAUUCAGCAACUAUGGGAAAGUGACUGCUGAUGGAGCAAAAAUAAAAUCAAAAAAUAAAUGCAAAUAAAAUUGUCUCACCAACACUUGCGAACCUGUUUGAUCCAAAUCAAGGUAGCUGGAGCAGGCGAUUAGGCAAUUAGCAAUGUACACAAGGCAGGGAAAAACUACAUGCAGGUCAGCAGUAUUUGGAUCUCCAAGGUUUUCAUCAGAAAUAAAUUCAAGUCCAUUAUGGAAGUUGGAGUGGCAGUUAGUGGUUAAGACUUUAGUCUUCAAACCCAGAGGUUAUGGAGAUACAAAAGAAAUAUAAGCAAUUGUAUCUCACGUGAUGUAAGUCACCUGGGACAAAGACAUCAGUCAGUAGGUAAUUCAAUUUUCUAUUCUUUUACUGUUACUCUGGAGGUGGCAUACAGUACACAGUAAGUCAAUGUUUGACGUCGCUGCCUCAAAGUUCCAGGAGAUCAGACUAGUCAAUGUCUUGUGUGAAGCUGGAUGUUCUUUCUUUGCCUGGCUGGACUUUUCUCCGGGUACUCCAGAUUUUCUUCUUUCAUCCCAAAGAGUGUGCAUUAGGGCAAUUGAUAACUCUAAAUUGGCCCCAUAUGACUGGGUGUGCCUUGAGAUGAGAAGUGGCAGUUAGUCAUUAAGACUUUAGUCUUUAAACCCAUCAGAGAUUAUGGGUUCAAAUCCUGUGACUGACACUAUAUGAUCAUGAGCAGGUCACUUCACCUGCCUGUGCUCCAACUGUUGUAACCGUACUCACAGAAACCCAAAUGUCAAGAAGUAUCAACAGUCUUGGUCAUCGCCAGUUACAAGUUACACAUUCAAAUCCUUAAGAGACGUAGCAAAGAUAUUAAAAAGUGGCACUGUACUUAGUUGCAUUGCCACCACAUGGAUCCAGUGCCUGGACAUUGAAUGUUCACCCUGUGGUUUUUAUUCUUGCUUUCUUUGCACAUCCCUAAAGAUGCACAUUUGGUUAUUUGGUGAUUCCAACUUGGCCCCUUGUGCGUGUGUCUAUGUGGGUGGGCUCUUCCCUGUUAAAUGUCUUGUUUCUUGCCUGGUGUCCAGCCCUGGGUAUCCUGAAUUGUCUUUGGUGGCUUUGAGAAUGCUAGAAUAUAGAAGAUCCAGGAAAGUACUUACUCCUUGGACGUUUUCAAAUUUGGCUUUAUUAGCAUUGAUCAACAGAAAAAGACUUUUUAAUGGCAAAGUGAAAGCAGAGCUCGCCAAAGCGAUGUAAAUGAAUUACAAAUACAAAACAGGAAAUAACUGAUGUCAUAAGAAUUCACCCCAUUCAUGUCAGUGUUUAGUAGAUGUCAACCAUGGCAGCCGUGAGUCUGUGCUCACAGGUCUCUCUCUCUCAAUCAGCUCUGAUGUUUUCCUCCAUUCGUCUUUGUCAAACUGCUCAGAAUCUGUCAGGUGUCAGAUUGUCCAGCCACAGAUUCCCCAUUGGAUUGUCAUCUAGACUCAGACUUGACCCCUCCAGGUCAAUAACGUUGUUGUUUUGCAGCCAUUCCUCUGUAGCUUUGGCUUGUUCUUUUCCUGAGGGCUGUUCCACGAAGCGAGCUUAUAAAAUCGAGGAUUAUUUGUAAUAGCCUCGCUUGAGUUAGCCUGACAG